GAGCGGCGGCAGUGUGUAAUUCGCCCCGCGACGACUAGCGCGCGCGUUUCCCCCGCGUGACUCUACGUAUAGUAGUUGUGCUCUUCGCGCGCACACCACUACCACAACUAUUACUAUUACUACUACUACUACUACUACUACAACAAUAACAACAACUGUUACUACCACUACCAUAUUAUUAUAUCUAUAUAGCGCUGCCGGUAACCGGCCCGCCGCAGAUCAGUCUACUACCGUAAGUCGGCCGGUGUGUGCGUGUCCGCGCGUGCGAUUCGUCGAGCGGCAAAAUACAGGAAAAAAAUAUAACAAUUUCAAAAUCGAACUGACUUCACCGAUAUCGGGAGACGCGACCCGCGUGUGGCGUUUGCAUGUUAGCGGCGCAUUUGAUUUCAGCCUUAUCUUAUCGCAGGUACGCGUAUCGUCGUCGUCAUCGUUAUUACUUAUUGCUAUUAAGUAUUAAUUAUUAUCGAUUAAAUUAUAAUUGGUUUUUUUAACUAUAUUAUGGUUGUAUAGAAAUCAAAGGUGAUCGGUUUUAAUUUUUUUUUACCGCCUCUUAUCAUCUCGCCGCCCGAUUAUAACGCCUUCGUUUAAUAUCGUUAUUAUUAAAACUGUUGUUGUCCUCGUCCGUCAAUCGUUCUUUAUUUCUUUUCGAUCUCUAUAAAUCAUCGUCGCAGAUCGCUGAUUGUUGUAUACCGUUGGAUGAUGGCCGUUCGGCCGCCGGCGCCGCGCAAACCGCCGGCGUAAAGCCGGAACGAGAGUUUCGCCAAAGUCGAGUCACUCCAACCCCCCGCCCACGCACCGUGGGACCAAGUUGGGUGAGAAGAAAUCGCAACAGAGUUACACCUUCACACGAUGAACACGGCGGCGGCGGUAGUGAUUUGGGUGCUGCUUCUGCACUCGGCCACGAUCGGUUUCGUGACUCCUGUCGAGGUGCAUUUCGACAACCCAGACGGAGGAUUCUUCGUCCGGCACCCGAUUGGUGGCGGUCCCGGCAAUAACCGUCAGCAGCAACAGCAAAUGGGCGUUGGCAGCGAGGAUGACGACGGCGAGGACGACGUCGGCGGUGGUGCCGUGCUCAGCGUGGACAGGUUCACCGUGUUGCAGGACGUACCGCAGACGUCGAUCAGGGCCAGUUAUGGGCCGUUCUCUACCAAGCAAACGGUACCGUCGCGUUACCUGAUACCAGAUCCGAACUCGGCCGGUAUGUCCGGCGGCGUUAACGGUUCCGGUUCGUCAGUCGGCUACUCAUCGGCCGUGGACAUAUCGUCGAUGGACGUGUCCGCACACCUGGUGCAGAGGCGCGUGUACCGCGAGAACCCGGUGGUCCGGACGCUGUUCCACGUCGGCUACAGCGUGGUCAGGUCGCAGUCUGCCGGUUCCGGUCCUCCGCCUCCGAUGCCGCUGUCCGCCGCGGACGCGGCCGGCGGUGGUUCUGCGCGGUCGGCCUCUGGCUCGUCGUCGUACGGUAAACUGUGCGCGGUGGCCAAGGCCACGUUCGAGGGAGCUGAGCGGCCGGUCACUGCCGCGUGCAAGCCCGACCCCAAGGACGGCGUUUGCACCGCUCGGCUGGUGUUGCCGGCCAAAUGGUGGCCGCCGCUGAACCCACCGGACGCCAAGCCGGUCAAGACGCCGCAGCGGUACGUACAGAUCUCUUACGCGCUGCUCGAGUCCGACCACCGGUGCAGUCAGUCGGACGUGCAGCUCCAGCCGUUCACUUACAUCGGACAGGCGGCCCUGGAACACGCCCAACGCCCGUACAAGGAGCUCAAGACGGACGCGUACCUGUUGACUCUCGUCCCGUCCGUUCCGCUCUAUCCCAAGUCGUUCACGUACGUGCCCGUGUUUUUCGACGCCGGACCCAAGGAGCAGAACAUCAAAGGAUUUAUUCUCAGGGCCAAAGUGAAGAACGGACUGCGGGUGUUGAGUGCAGAAAACAGCGACCCGGAACGAUGGACAAUCAACUACACAUCGAACCCGAGGGGCACUCAGAUCACGGUGACGGCUGUGCACAAGGGUCUGCCCACGGCCGCCGGGGCUACGUGGCCGAAUUCUCGGUACGAGGAGGUGUUGCAGUGGUUGCUGCAGGUGGACUCGGAGGCGGAGGACGUGUGGGAGGAGGGCCGGGUAGUUUGGACCGUGCAGUACGUUAUGGAGGCGGCGGGUAACGUGACCAACUGGACGUCGGCCGCAGCCGUUCAGGGAGGCCAGCCCAAGGUUGACCGUCACCGCGCCGCGUACAAACAUCACCGGCGGCAGGCAGCCGUACUGGCCGGACGGAGGAGGACGGCCCGGCUAUCCGGGGCCGCGACCAAGAUGCUCUACCUGGACGGCGUCAACGGCGUGUUGGACGGCGUCAAGCGCAAGAUUUCCGCCCGGUUCGAGAUACACAAGGACGACACCGAAGCUGUACUUCCCAUAUCCAAGAACUGGGAAAUAAUCAACACGGCCGUAUUGACCGGAAAGCAGAUAUCGCAUGCGAUGAAAGUGUUCGUGGUCAGCUACGCGGGCAAAAUAUCCGACGUCACCCGACAGUCCGUGUGUCAGAUAGAGGACGACAGCGUGCUUAAGGUCACGUCUUCGUGCAGUUCGGUGUACGUGGACGGAUCGGAAAUCCGGGGAUCGUCCAAUGCUACGGUAAUCGUCAAGUACGAAACGUAUACAGGCACGGCGCAUUUCAUCGUGUGGGUGCCAGAAAUCAAUGAAAUGGACCUAACCAUUGCUGACCAGAAACUGAACCAGAUCAAAGGCUGGCGGGUACCGGUGAGCCUAGAAGCCGAUGACGACAUGGACGAUUACGUCAACAAGUUGAAAAGGUCCGCAGAGGGCAAAGGUGGUGCUCACAUGAAAUCACCGAUGCCGGACGGUGAUUUCCGGUUGAACGAAAUGAUCACCGAGGAUAUGGUUGCCGAUGCCUACGACAGAAAGACCAGCUGCCAGUUGAGAUUUCAACAGACGUCGGUCGAGAUAUACGCCAGGUUCAAGGCGACGGACCACGACUCGGGCCGGGUGAGCUACUUCGUCAACCGUCGGACGUGGCUAAAGGUGACCGAUCUACUACUGCACUACCUGCGGUCUUCGGACCCGCGGGUUGCGUCCAUCACGGGUCAGAUCGUGCGCGGACACAACCCGGGCCGGACAGAGGUGCAGGUGAUCUCGGCGCUGUCUGGGCACGUGCUCGUGUCGAAGGAGAUCCGGGUGGUCAGCGACAAGGUGAGCGUGGCCCGGUUGGCAGUGAACGUCGUGUCCGGGUUGCAGUUGAACAUCCGGCCGGACGCGGCCGUGGACAACAACUACAUUGCCGAGACGUCCGUGACCAGAAAGCUGACGGCCAAGUACCAGGAGGGCCUGCUGGACAUCGACCUGUGGUUCACGGACGACACGCGUACACCCCUACGGUCGGUGGCCAUGUCCGACUACGCACUCCGCGUCGAGUCCACCAACCCCGACGUGGUGGCGUUCGCCCCGAUGGCCGCCUCUCCGCAUCCUCGGGUCAUAGCAGUGGGUUCCGGUAAGGGGCAGCUGCUGCGCGUUUCGUUCGGCCCGCCCGACGCUUGCGGCAAACAUGAGCCGGUGGCGGUCAGCGGGGGCCGGAAAACUGUCCUGCCUACCACGCUCAGUGAAACGGCGGCCGAAGUCCAGGUGGACUUUUCUUCGUCUCCGUACUCGGUCGAACAGUUCGUUCAGAACGACGGCGGUGGUGGCGGCGGCAGUGGCGUACUGAACGUAGGACCGCCCCGCGACAAAAAGGAUCACAACAAGGACUCGUCGGGAAUGGCUGGCAUUAUAGACGAAAACAACGAUGAACCCACGGUGCAAGCUCGACACACAUAUAACAACGUCGUCAACCCUAUCACCAACAGUAUUGGGAGCACAACUGUGCAUGCCCAUAAAGUACCCUCUCAGGUCAGCCCGUUUGAACUCGGCAUGUAUACCCUGUUGGCGGCUCUGUGUUUCGCCAUCGUGGCGUUCGUCAUAUCAUGCGUCGUCUACGCAUCCAGAUACAAACAGAACUCGUUGGAAAUGCCCACUACCACAUUGAUGACAAAAUCGUUCAUGGGUAACAUGAACGGGGCUAAGGACGGUGGUGGAGGCAUCGGUGGUGGUGGAGGCAGUGCCAAACCUUUGUCAGAUGAACCGACCAUGAACGCCCACGAUUGGGUGUGGUUGGGCAGAUCAACGUUGGAACGUUCGUCCGGCAUGCUGGUACCGUCCAUGGGCAACAAAUCACACAAUAACAACAACAAUAACAACAAUAAUAACAACAACCAACAAAUCAACGAGCACAAUAUGAGAAUCAUGUCAAACCCCAUUUAUGGCGUGGACAACAACGGUAGUGGUAACAUCGGUAACCACCAGCAGCAGCAACAGCAAGUUUGCAGCAGAAAUCCUCCUCCACAGAUCAAUACUUCAACGUACAGCGUUAAGGACCGACUGUCCAAUGGCAAUAUCGUUUUCAAUAAACUAUGGAAAGUACUUCCGACACCGAACGACCAAAAUCUCGAGAAACCAGCUGACUACAGACCACCGGUACCUCCGCACAGGACACAGUUGAACAACGAGGACAACAUGAUGAUCGGCGACGACGACAAUGACGAACAAGCGCCGCCACCCCCAAAACGGCAACACCAUCACCACCAUCACCAUCACCGCAACCGCAGUCAAGGUGGUGGCAGAUCUUCGUCCAUCGCUGGCAACCAUAACAACCCUAAACUGCCGGAGAGGAACUCCGACCCGCUAUUCGUAGAGUCCUGUAACCGGAGAUCGAUGGACGUGAAACGGGCGGCAAUCAUCGGGAAUCCGAUGUUUGCCUUCGAUCCCGCGUCCGUUGACCAGAAACAUCAGAACGCCGGAGCCAGCGACACGAUCAAACUCGACGACCUAAACCUCGGCAUGGACUACAAACAGCUAAUGGAGUACUUUGACAACCUGAAAGAGUCAAACGCUUGAUUCGUCAUUGCCAACCGCAAACCCGUGUCGUUUCGCACCCCCUCCCCUGUUACCAGUAACCAAUAACCAUACACGCGCUCACACCACCACAGUGGACACCUGCACGCGGCUCAUUCGCCUUAUCCCAUCCUCGCUCCCGGCCAUCUCACUAUUUCUUCCUCUAUCUUACUGUUGCACACAAAAAGUCAAUUAAUUCAAAGGUUGUCGCUGUAUAAACUAUGUACACCCAUAUAUAAUAAAAUACUAUAAUAUUAUACAUAGGUACGCUCUAUAGUAGUUGACACCAAAAAGUUUAAAUUUCAGCUUCAGUAUUAUAUUGAAAAAGGCGUAUAACGAUGUUAGCUGUUCUCACGCUUACGGUUGUAAGGUAAACUGUAACCCAAAUUUCUACAGUAAACAUUUUAAAUUAGGUUGUUUUUGGUUGUUGGAUACAUGACGGUACCUAAUGACUAUAUUAUUAUUAUUAUUACCUAUAUAAACACGAUAUCUAUAGUCGAUACAUUAUUAGCCUUUGCUACUAAAUAUGUAUCUUCUGAAAAUUCUUUCUAAAAUAAACUUAAUUUAUUUAAAUUUAUUUACAAAAUAUAAUCUUAUAUUGAUGUUUUUAUAUAUCUACUUAAGAUUUAUUUCUCGGACUUACAUAAUGAAAAAAAAUUAACUUCUAGUUUAUAUUAUAAUAACAUGUACCUAUUCAAACAAGCUUACACAGUUUGUAUAAUAAGUUAAUACAAAAACAUUAGUUCCUUAACCUAAAUUAUUGUUAAAAAUAUUUGAAUCGCAAUAAUAUUACAGAUAGAAAAAGAAAUAAAAAUAAAAAUAGAUGAGUUGUGUUACAUCUGUGCUAAAUGAUACCUUCGUUAUUUCCUAUUUUUUUAUAUUAUAUACGACAAUUAUUAUUGCCGCUGUUAAUAAUAAUUAAGUUUCCAAUAUUUCGCUCUACACGUGUUUCUCUGAAUGUUCCUAAUUUAUUGUAUCACUAUUUUGAUAAUAUUGUUUAAGCCAUUUCCCUUUUAGAUCAAUAUUAUCAUUAACCUAAACAUUUUUGUUAAAUUUAAUUGUUGAUUAUUUUUAAUUUUUUAGUUUGUAACCUAUUAUUGCUUGCAACUUAAUUUUAUAUACUUUUGUACAUAAUAUUCAAAUCUAACAAUGUUUUUCAAUACCUUUUAAUAUCAAAAUACUAAAUUUAAUAUUUUAAUGAAUAGUUCAACGGUUGUAACUUGUACAUUUAUAUGUUAUGUAUGUAGGUUUUUUUUUAAAAACUAUGAUGGUAUUCCAUAAUGAAUUGCCCCCUUAAACUGAACAGUUACCACAGAUAUUAAUAAUUAAUAUAAUAUAUUUAAGCAAUGCCUAAUUACAAAUAAUUAUAUAAAAUAUUAUACUAAACUAAAGUCACACAUUAAUGGUGAACAUUUAUACGCACAUAUUAUAUAUUAUUCUACAAUAUUCUAAUUUAUUUAGAAAUGUAUUUUAAUCAAACGUUCAUUGUUUUAAUUUCUCUGUGCCAUUUAAAGAAAAAACAUUUGUGACAGUAUGAUGGUAUUAUUUUUUAUUUUUCUGUGAUAAUGUAAAUAGUAUGAUUUUGUUGGACAGACUUGCAUUACAGAUUUUCGGGCAUAACCUCAUCACAUGCUUCUAAACUAUUAUGACAUUUGAAAAAUGUAAUAACUAUUGUUUCAGUAGAUACCACCCAGUGCGUAUUUUGUGCACAUUGUACAAUAACACUAAUACCAAAAAAUAGGUAUAUUACCUUAUUCUACUUACAAAAAAAAACUGGGGGAAAAAACAGUUUUCGAAACUAAUCUAAAAUCAUACAGCCGUCCAUAUAUUAUAUAUGUUAUGCAAUACUUAAUAAACAAUAUCACGACAUUCGAGGGCUACCCGUUUGGACCGUCUUAGUUAAAAAAAAUAAUUAUAGUAUAUUAAUAAGUUAGAAAAUAAACACUAAUCAUUUUAAUGUUUUGAACUUAUAUAGUGCAAACAAACUACCUAUUAAAAAAAAAAAUACCUAUUAUUUCUAGUCAAAGAAUAUAUUGAUAUUAUAUUAUAUUAUAUAUGUAUAUUAUGUUUAAGUCGUAGAUCAAGUAGGUUGUAUAAAAAAAAACUAUAUAAUAUGUUGUUUGCCUUCUUUUUUGGGACGCAGAAGCUUCCACUAAUAAAUUUUUACCCGUGUUUCAUUUGUUUUGUGUAUAAGUACUUUGCGGUAAUGAUGAAGCGCAGAAACGUCGUACGCGACACAAUGAGACUGUUUUUUUUUUUGUGUAGAAUUAUUUUACUUUUUAGUAUUUUCUUUACCUUUAUUUCAUUAUUAUUAUUUUUAUUAUUUAAAGUAUAGUUUAUUGCUUUGUAAAGUAUUUUUUGAGCUCUGAUAAUUUGACUUUUUUUUUCUUCCUUUCUAUCUUUCAGUCUGUUUCUUUGUUUUUAUUUUUCAUUCAUUUUCUCUUUUACAUAAUUCGGUCAAUAACCUGUUCAAUAAAUGCCAAUGUUUUUGAAUGUUUUACCUUCAUAUGUACCGGGUUGUGGUCUGUAUUGUCCAAUUAUCUCACCAAAAUGAUAAUUUUUAUUAGAUUUUAAAGUAGAAGUAGUAGUUGACACACUACAAUUUAAGUAUUGUUAUGUUGAUGUGAGCAGAUAUUAAUUUUAAAUAAACAAUUUAUUAAACUUACUAUUGGUUUUAUUUAUUGGCUUGUUAAAAAUAAUAAAUAUUAACUAUAGUGAAGUUGUAUGACUGUUAUGACCUAUGAGUAUAAAGAUGUGUAAAUCAAACAAACUUGGGCAAUUUUAGGUUUUAAUUAAUUAUUAAUUAUACCUAUUGUUAUAAUAUUAUUAUUGCAAUAAGAUUGAUUUUAUUAUUA